CGAGGAUCACACACACUGACACACACACACACACACUUCCUUCAGCGCGCGCACUACUACCUGUCAGUUAGUCAGUCAGUCACUCACUCGCUCGCUUCCUCAGUUCGUUCCUCUCGAGAACCAUAUCCCUUUUAAUUCGCAUAUUCUCCCUGCGUCGAACAGCGCCUUUGCAUGCGUCUCCGAUCCCUUCCACACCGGCGCUAGCGCUACGGAGAGAUAGCAUCAGCUAUUCAGCUGGCAGCAACAGAAGGGACGAGCGAGCUAAUUAGCUUAUACUAGAAGGUAGUGUGCGAUCACUGAUCAGUGACCCACCACCUGAACAGAAGACAGAAGCAGCAGAGCACCAAUGGCCGGCAGGCUGCAUGCCUGCUUGCUCAUCUGCACGGUGCUCUCGUCAGCGGCCAUAAUGGCGAGCUGUACCAGGCCUGCAGCAGGGACUGUUGGCGGCGCUGCUCCUGUUGCCGCAACAACGCCGGCUACGUCGUCCGCUGGCAGUGGAGUUAGGCCGCCGGCCCCGCCGCCGCCGGCGACGCUUGCUACGACCGCUGGAACUAAUAAGGCGCCUCCGGCGGUGCAGCAGCAGCAGUCCCCCCUAGACAGCAAGCGGAAGGUGCCCAACGGACCCGAUCCUAUUCAUAACAGGAGAGCCAGAUGGGGGGAAGCACCGUCCAAGAGAGUGUAGCAGGGUGGCGACGACGCCGACGCAGCAGUGUACUCCUUCCUAUACAGAAGGCUAAAGAGCGAGCGAGCGAGAGCGACCACGUUGAUGCGUGGCGUGGAAUAAUGGAACGGAAGUUCCGUUUCCAUAUAGGUCCCGUCCCGCUCUUUUGCUAGCUGAUGCAUGCGCUGAUGAGCUGCUAUAGCCAUGGACAACCAUGCAUGCAUGGUGGUGGGUGGUGCUGCUGCUCAUGACGACGACGAUGGUCGAUGACGUCUCGACGACGACGACGUUUGAGUGAAGACACUUAUAUAGUUAUAUACAUGUACGCAUGUAUUAGAGAGGGGUGAGAGAAAGCAGCAGGAUGCAUGCACGGUACGGUGGCCUUCACUUUGGCGGCCAAAGCGGUCGGUCUGGAUCUUCCGAUAUCGAUCUCUACGACGAGCGAGGUCUUUGAUGUUCUUCUCUUUCUCUUUUUCCUUUUUUUUUUAUUCUUUGGGAGUGUUGACGGUGUUAAAAGGAGCACUCGAAUAGAGAGAGUACGGAGGAAAGCUCACACGAUGCUAGCUAGCUCGAACAUUGAUUGAUGAUGAAACGAAGUAUAGUGUAGUAUGAAUUUAAUUUGGCACAGGUUUUGAUUUUGUUUAGCAGUUU